AUGGAUAAUCCUCGAUGGAAAACUAUUCUAUUCUUGACAUUAUGUUUUCAUUUAUCGAUAGCUACAGACUUGGAUGUAAAAAGAUUACAGUUCGUUUGAAAAACUAAAAGAAUUUGAGAAUAGUACCGAUUAUAUUUCAGAAAAGAUGCGUACGAUAUGUUUAUGCACGGAUACAAUUCCUACAUGAACUACGCGUUCCCGGCCGAUGAGCUCAUGCCAUUAUCUUGCAAAGGAAGAGUACGUGGUGUGACUCCAAGCCGAGGAGACGUGGACGACGUUCUCGGAAAGUAAGAUCAGAAUUUAAUUUUUAACGAUUAUCGUGUUUUGUUCCAGUUUCUCGGUCACUCUCCUGGACAGUUUGGACACGCUCGUGGUACUCAACGAGCUGGAUGAAUUCGAAAAAGGAGUGAACUUGGUCAUUGAGCAUGUUCGUUUCGACUCCGACCUAGUCGUCAGUGUUUUCGAAACGAAUAUCAGAGUAUUGGGCGGAUUGAUCUCAGGUACGGACUUCCUCAAAAUAUCUGCCUGACAGGUGAAAUUCCAGCUCACGUAAUGGUCGAUCUUGUGAGAGAGAAGUACCCAAAACGGCUCAAAAACUACGAUGGACAGCUGCUCAAAAUGGCGACAGAAGUCGGAAAUAGGCUGCUGCCCGCGUUCAAUACAACGAGUGGACUGCCGUACAGCAGAAUCAACUUGAAAUACGGAAUGCAAGAUCAUUUGAAGAGACAGAAAGACACGUGCACGGCCUGUGGUGGGACUAUGAUUCUCGAGUUUGCUGCAUUGACUAGAUUAACCGGAGACCCGAUGUACGAGAAAGUGGCCAAGAAGGCGAUGGAUUUUCUGUGGCAGCAAAGGCACCGAUCUUCCGAUCUGAUGGGAACUGUGCUCAAUGUGCACUCCGGAGACUGGAUCCGACGGGAAAGUGGCAUCGGUGCGGGCAUUGACUCGUACUACGAGUACACUCUCAAAGCGUACAUUCUUCUCGGAGACACAGACUAUCUGGAACGGUUCAACAAGCACUACGAAGCGAUUAAACGGUACGUGAGCAAAGGACCGCUGAUCGUUGACGUCCACAUGCACCGACCGACAGUGGCCACACGAGGAUUCAUGGACUCAUUGCUCGCUUUUUGGCCAGGGCUUCAGGUGUUAAAAGGAGAUGUCAAGGAAGCCAUUGAAAUGCAUGAAAUGCUAUUUCAAGUCGUUCAAAAGCACAAAUUCCUGCCCGAAGCGUUUACCCACGAUUUUCAAAUUCACUGGGCAGAGCAUCCGAUCAGGCCCGAGUUCGUGGAGAGCACUUACUUCUUGUAUCGGGCUACGAAAGACCCACAUUACUUGGAAGUUGCGGCACAGGUACUAUUUCAUGAACUUCAUUAAUGUACAACAUCAUUUAUAUUUAGAUAAUGGACAGCAUCAACCGGUACGUGAAAGUGCCGUGCGGCUUUGCGGCACUUAAGGACAUUCGAACGAUGAAGAAGGAAGAUCAAAUGGAAUCGUUCGUACUUUCCGAGACUUUCAAGUACCUCUACAUGAUCUUCACCGAUCCAGAGGAGUUGAUUUUCGACCCCGAUCACUACGUACUUACCACGGAAGCUCAUUUCUUGCCACUCAGUAUGGGAACGUCAGGAAACAGGAAAGGAAAUAGUCCACGAAGAAUGAUUCUGCGGUCCGACGAGCCAAAGAACAAAAACUACGUGUGUGCAAACCCAAUCGAUUUUACAAAGUUGCCCACAGAGAGGGAGGAAGCCCAAUUGAUAAGAGAGAAAACGAAAAUGCUAUUGGGAGAGAUUAGAACAUCACCAGUACCGAGUGGAAACAAUGUACUGCUCAAAUGUGAUUCUCCGUAAGUGAAGUGCAAACUCAUUUUCUUGAUAAGUUAAUCUGAGGAUAUGAGAGGAGAGCAAAGAAGAAUCAAAGUAACAUUCAGAGCCGAAAGGAUUAGAGCGUGGGCAUUCUCAACGACCAACAAGGACCAUCUGAAGCAACUUGCGAUGAUGGGCAUUGAGUUGGUCACUCUGAGCGACGGACGUCUUCAUCUCAGCCAUCAGUCAACCAAUGUAAGUCAUUACUGCAUUCAAACGCACGUUUUCACAAUUUGUCUCAUAGAAUGUCCCUAAGCCUUGAAAAAGAUGAAACACGUCGCUAGUUGUUGUUCCGACUAUGAAAAUGCAUGCGUUAUCUAUCAAUUUUGUUUGUUUCCGACGACUUUUUUCUUGGCAACACGCAAGCUUUCGUUCCGAUCUCAAAGUCUCUCUAAAUGUUCAAUAACAAUUCAUCAAGUAGAUUAGCCCCAAUUCACAACCACAAAGGACACCGGCCCAAAAACAAAUAUUGCGUGUUGCAGGGCAAAAAAGUCACGUCUGAAAUUGACAACAAACCUCUUUGUUGGGACGGAUCGCGAGGCGAUAGGGAGCUUAUCCCAGACGGCGGCUACUUUAACAACUUUUUCUACAUAGUUGACACAUUCGUCAUCUUCCUCGUCUACCUUUUUGCCUUCUUCGCCAUGUUCCUGUGUACUUCGUUUAGGAUUAAAAGAUCCGAGCCGUCUUCUCCCGAGGCGGCUCUACUCCGUCGAGCACGUUAUCGCCGUCGACAGUUUUAGAGUAACUCAUAGUGGCCUGAUAGACGAUACGUAAUCAAGCGGGUUCGCUACUUAUUCUAGAAAUCACGUGUUAUUCAUGUUCAUGAUCAUGCAAAACCUGGGUCCUUCUAGAAACUGAUACAAUUGUUGUGCCUUGCCAUCUGUAUGUUCUUCAUUCAAUAUCAUGUUUGUCUUCAACUCCAAUCAAAACCGUGUGAUAUCUUUUGUAACAUAAGCAUAAAAUGUUUUCAAUUCGAAAUAAACCUUCUUGUUUUUUUUCAAUCAAUAUAAUUCACAUUUAGGCACUCUCUCCGACUAUGGCGCAAUGGGGACGAGAAUUCAUGCAAGAGAUGCAGGAGUAUAUCGACAAUCCGACCUAUAGAAGUAAGAAAAAACUGAAUGUUUUCAAUCAAAUUCCGCGUUACUUUCAGUGGAUGUCCAAAUGCUGAAAAGCGAUCGAUAUGUUCAGAUCAUAAGUCCGCCGUUUUACGGAAAACCGACACUCGUCGGUAGUCCUGCUCAGUUUGGCCGAGAACCGACUCCGUCCAAUCUAAUCGUCGGCCGUGCAGUGAAAGCCAUUCCAUUUCGAGCGUGUUCGACUAUUCUGAACGUCAAGGAGCUGGAAGGCAACAUUGCAAUUGUCGAGAGAUCGAACUGUGUGUUCCAAUUGAAAGCGCAGUUGGUUCAGGACGCCGGAGCUAUUGGAUUAAUAGUGAUAGGUAAGAAAUUUGAACAAAAAUCUAUCAAAAAACAAUUUUUCAGAUCAUGAGAAAGGAACAACAUUUACAAAAGAGCGACCUCCGUUCUCAAUGGCAGCUGACAAAGAUGGAGCUAACAAAAUUGGAAUUGCCGCCGUUUUCCUAUACCAUGUAGAGGGAGAGUAUUUGUUGGAAAGCUUGAGAAAACAUCCCAAGGCUUUGGUUACCCUUUCCACGGAAAUCACACCGCAUGGUAGGACAUUUAUUAACCAAAAGUCUAUAGGUCAGUACUUUUUGCAGACUACCUCAUUGAACAGUUCUUCAAAAUGGGAAAAGUGCACGAUGAGUUUGACUUUCCUCAAUGCGACAGUGAAGAGGGAGAGAUUCUGGUGUUCGACCUCGAUCCAGAAUUCCCAGAGAUUAUCCUCAAUCUUCGAUUCAACGGAAUCACGCAGCAAAGUGAUCCUCGUCUGCAUCAAGAGGCCAGUUUUCUCUUUUUUAUUUUGUCAACAACACUAGUUUCAGAUCGUUGAGAGACAUGUCGCUGAGCUCCAGAAGUACUUGGAAUUCGGGGAUGUUGGCUAUGACCUCAAGUUUUACGAGUUCUUCCGUUCUGCCGCCUACGGUGCACUGGAUCUUAAUGUGGACAACUCCAAGUUGGAAAUCACUCUGGAAGCCCUGAGCACAGUGACAAAACGAGUAAUUCCUCCGUCGGUCUAUGCACGAUUACCGGGUGAAAUAACGAGGGUAAGAAAGAAUCGAUUCUUUUGAGAUCUAAUGAAAAAUGCAUGAGAUUUCAGGUCCGUUGCGUACCCAAGGGUUUAGAAUUGACGUGUGCAAACAUUCCGGUCAUUUAA